AUGGCAGUCAGCACUAUCAAUAUGGCACCUUACUUCACUGGUUAUCCUUUUCAAGGACAGGGUCGCGUGAACCAGCUAGGUGGUGUAUUCAUCAACGGCCGUCCAUUACCGAACCAUAUCCGUUUGAAGAUCGUUGAGAUGGCAGCGGCCGGCGUCAGGCCAUGCGUCAUAUCGAGACAGCUCAGGGUGUCACAUGGCUGCGUCUCGAAGAUUCUGAAUCGAUAUCAAGAAACAGGAUCGAUAAGACCCGGUGUGAUUGGCGGCAGCAAACCGCGAGUCGCCACGCCGGAAGUCGAGGCGAGGAUUGAAGAUCUUAGGCGGCAGAACCCUGGAAUCUUCAGUUGGGAGAUACGCGAGAAAUUGAUAAAGCAGGACGGAGUCUGUGACAAAGCAUCGGCACCUUCCGUAUCUAGUAUCACCAGACUUCUACGUGGACCAGCCAAUCAGACACGACCCGGUGAUGACCUACGCAGAAAUCAUUCUAUUGAUGGUAUUCUUGCUGGAAGUAGCGGUGACGACUCCGACACGGAAAGCGAGCCUGGCAUUGCGCUGAAGAGGAAACAACGUAGAAGCAGGACUACCUUCACUGGAGAACAACUGGAACAAUUGGAAGCGGCUUUUCAUCGGACGCAAUAUCCUGAUGUAUACACCAGAGAGGAACUUGCACAAAAAACAAAGUUAACGGAAGCUCGAGUGCAAGUUUGGUUCAGCAACAGGCGUGCCAGGCUUCGCAAACAAUUGAACAGCCAACAGCUGAACGCCUUCAACAUGAGUUUACCCUUCCAAACUCAGCACUACGGUAAUGGUGCAGAGAGCUAUCAGAGCUACGGGCAGGCGAGCGUUGCUGCCGCUGCAGCAACCACCGCCAGCUAUUCUCAGCAUUACAACUACGGGGAGAACUACUACGCUGCGCAGCAGCAAUGGCCACGGGCGACUCCGGAUAAUUAUGGAUUGUUCAACGCCUCCCAUUACGGCAGCAGCAACCUUGCCUCCAAUCUGACUUCCACCAAUCUCAAUCUGGGCAGUUUGGGGGGCAGCGUCAGCCCGACCGGAUCCAACAUGAGCGCCUGCAUGGUGCAAGGUGGUGGAUCUUCCUCCGGGGUACCAGUCUCGACGGGGAUGGCGCCUCACGUGACUCCGCAUAGCCCUAGCGAGGCGAAGAGCGGAUAUCCGUACUUGGGCAGCAUCGAUUCUCAGGUUUGCGGAAGAGUUCACUGA